CUAUGACUGCUUUACGACGGCGGUGAAGGGAGGAGGGACGAUUUCGCUUCGUUGUCGCCCAAAUUAUUAUUUCAUUGUGAUUUGUGAUAAGAUCCUCGUAAAUGGAUUGAAAUAAGUGUCGUUGUUUGGUGUUUGGUUUUUGUGUGGCCUCAUUUAACCAACUACAGUAUUAUUAGGAGCAUCUCAAUGAUGUUAUUUUUUAAUAAGUACAUCAGAUACUAACUAAACCCUUCCUAGAAGAGACAUGAGAAGUGCACCACCACAAAGAUGGAUAGUGUGAAGAAAAUACAUUCAGGAACUCUGUAUCGCAACGGACCGGUGGAGGGCGCGUACGGGCCGCAGCACAGCCCCGUGUCGCGGUCGGACGCCUCCACCGAGGACGCGGAGCUGUCCGCUGCCCUUGCGCACCAACACCAUCUGGCAAUGCAGGCCGGUGACUACCCCGGGGUGGGAGCAGUGGACCCGGACUAUGGCCAGUACGUGUCGUCGCCGGCCACUCACUACAACCACAUGGGGCACCUCACGAUGGCGCCCUCACAGAAGUACCCGCACGUAAUGGACUCCGUAUCAGUAAGCGGCGGGGGUACGUACGGGGGUGCGGGGGGCGCCGGCCACUACGGCACUUACGGUCACUACGGCGCGACCGCGUACCAGGGCCAGCCCGCCUACAUGGUGGAGCCGCCGCCGCAAGUGCCCGCCUACAUGGGACAGGAAUACGUGGAAGGUGGGGGUAGCGCCUCGCCUAGGAGCGCAUCUCCUGGCGCUUUACCACAACACAAUCUACAUUUACAACAAAGCAGGUACGACUCCACAUCGCUGGAACAGUUGGGGCGGCACUACUGCGUGACGUCACCGCGGGGCGAGUACGCAGCGGACGCGUACGGGUACCAGCACUACCCCACCGCGUACGAUCAGCCUCCGCACCAACCGCCGCCGUUUAAGGAUUCACAAAACGGAUUAAGUUUGGGCAGUGCCGGGGGACAAUCCAUGUACGGCGACGAGGAAGAACUACAGAAACAAAUGGCGGGCAUGGCGUUGGGCGAAUAUGUCCACGGCGGCGUGGGCGGUCGCGAAGACGGCGGCGGUCUACAAUGGCGCGAUCCUAAUCUUCCGGAAGUAAUCGGCUUCCUUAACUCCCCCUCCGACGUGGUGAAGGCCAACGCCGCGGCUUAUCUGCAGCACCUCACGUAUAUGGACGACCCUAACAAGCAGAAGACGAGGAGUCUAGGUGGAAUCCCGCCCUUAGUCCGUCUAGUGUCCCACGAGAACCCUGAAGUGUGUAGGAACGCGUGCGGAGCCCUAAGGAACCUCUCAUACGGAAGACAGAACGAUGAAAACAAACGGGCUAUCCGAGACGCUGGUGGAAUUCCAGCGCUGAUGGCUUUAUUGUGUCGAGCUACAGAUAUGGAGGUGAAGGAGUUAGUUACUGGUGUAAUAUGGAACAUGUCUUCGUGUGAAGACCUCAAACAGUCGAUCAUCGACGACGCGGCUCAAGUUAUAGUCAACAAGGUCAUUGUGCCCCAUUCUGGGUGGCAUCCCACCAACCCUGGAGACACUUACUGGUCCACAGUAUUUCGCAACGCAUCCGGCGUACUCCGCAACGCUUCAUCCGCGGGCGAAUACGCGCGGCGACGUUUACGCUGCCUCGCCGGUUUACCCGAAGCUUUACUGCACACUGUACGCGCCGCAGUACGAGCCAAUGCCAUAGGCACCAAGAUCGUCGAGAACUGCGUCUGCGUGCUGAGGAACCUGUCAUACAGGUGUCAAGAAAUCGAAGAUCCGUUGUACGACACGAGAGCACCGCCCACACAGUCGUCGGGACAGGCGAGGAUACAAGCUAGUGCAUCUAAAGGCGAAAACCUCGGCUGCUUUGGCGGUAGUAAAAAGAAGAAGGAAGGAUCAUCUUCGUCAAACUCGACCAGUCCACUAGGAAAGAGCGAACCAGAAUCGCAACCCUUGGGAGACGCGACUACCACGCAGCUUGGCUACAGCGUUCCGAAAGGAACGGAAAUGCUGUGGUCACCAGAGGUAGUACCAUUAUACAUGGCGUUACUACAGACAUGUUCCAACCCCGAAACCUUAGAAGCGGCUGCGGGAGCGUUACAGAAUCUUGCGGCCUGUUACUGGCAACCCUCCAUCGACAUCAGGGCCGCGGUCAGGAAGGAGAAAGGUCUUCCAAUCUUGGUGGAACUCCUACGGAUGGAGGUAGACCGCGUAGUUUGCGCGGUAGCGACAGCUUUACGUAACUUGGCGAUAGACCAACGGAAUAAAGAGCUCAUAGGAAAAUACGCGAUGAGAGACCUCGUACAGAAGUUACCAAGCGGGAAUCAACAGCACGAUCAACAGGGUACAUCAGAUGACACGAUAGCGGCAGUAUUGGCGACGCUCAACGAAGUCAUAAAGAAGAGCGGUGAAUUCUCCCGGUCGCUGCUAGAAGCGGGAGGAGUGGAGAGAUUGUUGAAUUUAACGAAACAGCGCCAUCGUCACACGCCUAGAGUGCUCAAAUUUGCAGGUCAAGUAUUAAUGACCAUGUGGUCGCACGCGGAGUUACGUGAAGUAUACCGCAAACACGGGUGGCGUGAAGCUGAUUUCCUAACGCCGGCUCGCGCUGCGCAACCACGCGGCACUUCUAAUAGCAGCGGUCAAGGUACUCCGAUGUCUGGUGCGGGCGGCGCGCCUCACUCGCCAAGCAACGCCAAUAGCACGCUCAGCCGACCAAUGGCAUCCACAGGCGGCACCCGGUACGAGGAUCGCACGAUCCGACGACACCGCGAGAACGAUGACACGAUGGACGCGAAUAACUACCAAGAUGGACUCGGCAUGGGCAACCCGAACGGACGGCCGAUGAACCUGCAAGGUGUGCAAGCGCAGAUGCCGAUGCCACCUAGCAGUCGUUAGUCUCCGCGCGUCAGUGAGCCUCGCAAUGACCACCUUAUGGCAAGCAGUUAAGGCCCUUUUUUCUAUGUAAUCUACAUAAUUUAUUGUAAACAUUUCAUGUUCUGUCCGCCAAAGAAGAGUCCGAGAGAAAAUUAGGAUUGUUAUUGUUACAGCAGAUCUUUGACAAAUUAUGUAAUAUUGACCAUUCUUUAAAUGAAAUCAUCUUUAAGUCAAGUGUAUAAUUUGUGUUUUAUUGAAUGUUAUUGUGAAUGUUUGUAAAAGAACUUGACGUCACUUGCUAUAAGGUGUAUGUAUGGUGGUGUAUUUUUACAUGCUAUAUAAACGCUUGGUUUAUUUCAAAGUUUUAUAUUUCAGUCUAAGAAUGUGCUGUGUACUAUUUCUUGUUUUAACAUGCAGUCAGCAUUAGAUAUUAUUAUUAUAAAUAAAUUAUCAAAGGGUUGCAUGUAUACAUUUGAAAGGCAAUCGUAAUAAUAAAAUCCCGUAAAAUUGUUAAGUAUUUAAUCAAAUUAUCAAAUCUUUUGGAUAACGAUAAUAUGAAUACGUCAAUUUAUAAAAUGUAAUCGUGUAGACGUUAGUUGAAAUUUGGAUGCGUACAAUUUUUUGUCUACUGAAGUUACUCCUUCUGAUGCUGACUGUAAUUUAAUAGAAACGCAUAGAUUGGUUGGACAUUAAAACUUAGAGCGUAAAUGACAAUUUUGUGAAAAUAAUCAUGAAAAUUGAGAAGUAUCCCAAACAUAUUCUUGUCCACUUUUCAAUUAAAGAUGUAGAAUUGAAAUUUCAGCAAUGAAUGAAACAUGUCUCUUUUACUCAUUUCCUUAUGAUAAGAAAUUCGCUCAAAUCUGAUGGAAAAUUAUACAAUAUAUAAAAUAUAGUCAUUGUCGUAAAAGUUAAUACUCAUUUACAGCUCAUAUAGCUCAGCUAAUAUAGCUCUCAUUGCAGUUUAUUAACAUUAUUGUGCAAUUAAAUUUGGUACUCGAGUGCACGAAAGACAUUAAGAAUGGUUAAUAUGUGGUCACAUUGGAAGUGAAGGUAAAGUUCAUAGUAUUAACUUAAGUAUAUAAUAUGAGAAAAUUUGCUUCAUUUCACUUCGCUCUCAACGUGACCUGAGUAACCGUACGUUAAAAUGAUUGAUUUCAUAGAGACUAAAUCAUUUGACAAAGUGUCAAUCAGGAAAUGAUUUCUUAAUUUCAUUAAAAACUUUAUCCAGGAGGAUCUGGCUAAGCGACAUUUUGAGAUUUAAAAUAAAUUGACAACAAUUUAAAGAAGUUGUCAAUAGAUGAGCACUAUUAUUUUUUUAAAGGUAAUUUGAACUUUAUUACUACAUGGGAAGUGUUAUUAUUGAAGGGUAUACAAUUAUGUGUUUUAAGAUCAAAAUAUAUUUGCCAGUAUGUUAAUGUUUAUGUCUACAAAGGAAAACAUUCCGUAUAUUUGAAUGUCUAUAUUUGGAUAUUCACAAAAAUCCAUGGUAUGACGUGAUUUAAAAGGAAUGGUUUAAAUUAUAAGUUUUUAUUUUCUAGUAGUGGUUGCUUUAAUGUUUUAUUAAAUGGAAUAUUUAUAAAAGUGGACUUAUCAAAUUAUAUACAACUUUGACUUUGAUCGACAUAAGACGAUAAUCAAAAGUAUAUAAAUGGGAUGUUUAAAUGAUCACAAGCAAAAUCAGAACUUGUUUUGUCUCUGUUGCGUAUUUGAAAAUAGACUGAGACAGAUCAUAUAAGUUACAAUAAGUCAAAAUUUGUAAACAUUUUGUAUUAGGCAAAUAAUGUGCGAGUUUUCAAUUGAUCACGAGUGUAAGUACAUUUUUGUUUUGCCGCACGGCCUAAUAUGAGUAAAUAUCGCGCCAGCGGUAUUAUUGUAAAGAGAACAUGUCAAUUCCCUAUGUACAUAAUACGUGCCAUUUGUGUGUUUAAAAAUAUCUUUUAUAGGGGGUUAUACCUAUGAAAUAAACUUCUCGUUCGAGGCUCACCGCGUUUUCGCUGAAUAAUUACUGUUAUUCUGUAUCUCUCUAAUAUAGUAUCCCUGGGAUAGGAAUAGCUUUAAGUAUUCAUUCAUUUUAAAUCGUAGUCAUGAUAACGUUCUUACUAAAUGAACAAUUACAACUUACACUAAACAUUAUCGGGAUUUGAAUAUAAUUGUUAUUAUUUAAAUACAUAUUAGUUUAGUAGAAUUCAUUACGCCCUGACAUUAUUUAUAUGACUCGAAACGGAACCGAAACGGUAUUGAAUUUACAAUGUUUUUUAUAUGUGAAUUUGAUGAGUUCCCGUAGUUUCUAUGUGAGGGCUUGAUAGUUUAAAUAUUAUAUGAUAAUGAUAGAAAUUUUGUAAUAUUUUGUAUCCAUUCCACAACCCUCUACAAAUAAUUGUAAUAUAGGUGUCUAUUGUCCUCUUAUAUAACUUAAGGAGUAUCCGUCUUGUAUUUAGCUUAAGAUGCAUCACGUGGGACGUUCGACAUUAUUUGUGUUACGGUUGCAGAAUGUAGUAAGGAUUUAGUGCGGUGUUUGUCACAAUGUUGCAUCAUCGGUAACAGACCAAAUUGUUAGGCAAACUUUGAAAGAGUCCUUUAUUCACUGACUGUCGUCGAACAAAGCAGUAUUUUCCAGGCAUCUGCAUUAGUUUUAAGUAGAAAAACCAAACAAGUUUAUCGAUAUAAACUACGCAUUUACUCCUGAAGCUUACAAAGUUUGACUAACACGUCUUAUAUAGUGACUGAAACGUUCUAUUGGGUUACAAUGUAACAAAAACCAAAAUGGGAACUUGAUUGCAGCUAUUUAUAUCGAUAUAGUAUCAAUUGAUCUCGUCGGCAGGACAAGAAAGCUUACAGGUUUCAUAGGUUGAUGGAAAAUGGUUCCAAGCUCUUUAGUUUAAGUUGAUAUUUUGAUGAUUUAUUUAAAGUAUUUAUCGCCUAUUUAGAAAAUGAUCCUUUAACCGAUAUCAUAAGGUAUCACAUAUGGAACAACACAGGUCGAUGUGAUGUUCAUGGGACUAAUAAGUUUGGCCCUUUGUUUCAAUAAACGGCCAACGUCUUGAUUACGUUUUACUUCCCUCCGUUUUGAUUUUAGUUAAUGUAAUUAUUUAUUUUAUAAUUAACAAUAUUGUAAGGUUACGUGGUAGAAGAUAAAUGUAAGAAGGGGUUUGCGUCAAAGUUUUUGGAUAUAUAUUUUUUAUGCACAACAUUUCGAUACGUCUGCAGUGGGAUGGUUGACUGAAUAAUCUGGUACAAAACUACUCUCACCCAGUGCAUUAUAAUGAUUUAAGUACCCAACGUCAAUGUAAGUUUUUGUAUGAUAUUUUUAAAAUUGUAAGUGAAUGUACAACAUAUUUCAUUACAGGAUGUACGCCAGGUUGACGUCGCUUCUAUGAAGCGAUUCUUUUUUAAAUAAUUUCCAUGAAACAUAUUGUAAGUUUAAGUUAGUUUUUACCAAUAAUAAUUUAACCUCCUCGAGUUUUCUAUUUAUCGUGUUUUUAGGUGAGAAUAUUAGGUAAUUGUAUGUAGGCAUUAUUAGAUACUAUAAUUGUUUUGUAAUACUAUGUUUUAAUUCUGUAUAAUUCUUAAAUCCAUCAAGUAAAUGUAGGCCUUGUAUAGAUUUAUCGAUGGUAUAUUUUCACAGUUUUUUAAUUGUCUUUACAUUAAUAAAAGAUCUCUAGAUGUUUUUAUAUAAUUUAUAUGUUGCAACAUCAUAAAAUAUCUGAGAUCGUAAUAUCUAGUGUUACAGCACAGUUUAAAAAUAUUUUAUAAGUCUAUGGUCAACCAUAGACCUAAGAGUUGUUAGAACAGUAAUACUCGAUUAUUUAUAUUUUAUUUAAAAUUUUAUUAUGAAAAAUUAUUUAAAUAUUUACCGUCUUCUUUUGUCGUUACGACUAUAGAAUGUCUAAUAGAUGAUAGCUUACGUCACGUUGUAUGUAGAAUCUAAUAGAACAUUAUUCUCUCUUAAAGAUACUUAUAAUUAAAGAAAAUAUUAUAUUAUUAUCACUCUCACAGAGAAUUAAAUGAAUGAUUUUUUUAUUUGUUUUCUUUUAUUUUCUUUUUUAUACUUUCCUUAUUUUUUAUUUUACAUGGAACACACAAUUAAGAAAGUUAUGAAUAAUCAUUUGGGACUUUAUGGAUUUGUGAAACACUGAAGAAGACUAUUAAUGGAAUUUAAAUUUUGAAACAUUUAUGCUCGAAUGAAAACAAAUACAUAAAAAAUGGUGUAACAUAGUUUAGUUGAAUGGCUUCCAUAUAAUUUUUUUCUUCGUCUACUUUUUGUCAUCGUCGAUAUAGUUAUUUUUACCGAGUAUAUAAUAAUUGGGUACUAGUAAAUUGUAGUAAUAUUAUAGUAGGUGAAAAUUAAGAGUUUUUUUCAUGUUUAGUUGAUACGAUGC